CUCUGCUCCAACUCAUCUAUCCGGUUUCCCAUUUCAUCGAGUACAUUGCAGUUAAGGAAAAAGGAAGAACGUGGAGAAAAACAGUAAUUUUGUCAACAAAUGAAUGACAAAGCAAGCAUUAAAAUUCCCGAAGUUUUUCUUUCCAUGCAUAAACAAGUUCCAAAAAGCUCCCUCUUGUACAGUGGGUCCUCUAUUUACCAGUGCCUGGAGCAUGCAAAGUUUGUAUUCAAAAGAGAGAGAGAGAGAGGGAGGGGAGGGGGGAGCAAGACAUGGAUGAUGUAUUCUUCUAAUCCAAUCAGGGUAUUCAUGAACUUGACCUCUAUGAAGCACAGUAAACUACCAAAAACUAUUGGCCAACAUUAUGAAAGCUCGGCUGGGACAAACGACGGCAGUGUCUAGAAUCUGACGCCAUCUUAAUUACACCUACUUGUUUUAAGCGCCAAAUAUCUUUAUUUCUCAUAGACAUGCUUCAUUACUAAAUAUUGAUACUACCAACCACACCCAAUUGGCAUCCAACAAAGUUAAAAUGCAGAAAAAGGAUAUUCUUUGAAACAAUAGACUCAGACAUGGUCUGGAACCUGGUUUGC